AUGGCAUCGGCAAGGAAAAGGCGCGUCAGCGAUGGAGAUGAAGAUGGCCAAAACGAUAAUCAGCAACGGUCGGCUCCUCAGUCACUUACACAUCCCAUAAGCCCCCCACUCAAGAAACGGCGACUACCAGACACACCCACCGAAGCCAAAUACCACCCGCCGUUCAAGUCUGUUGGGUCGCCUUUUCAGUUAACAAAGAUCAAAGAUCUUCCCGCGGGGUUGAACAAGGAUACCUAUACGUUGCGGGAUGUCCUGGGGGACCCUUUGAUAUCAGAAUGUUGGGAGUUCAACUACCUCCACGAUAUCGACUUCCUCAUGUCAGCCUUUGAUGAGGAUGUUCGAAGUCUCGUAAAAGUCCAUGUUGUUCAUGGGUUCUGGAAGAGGGAGGACCCGAAUAGGUUGGCGCUCCAAGAAUCUGCCGCUCGCUUCAACAAUGUCACCCUCCAUGCAGCAUUUCUUCCCGAAAUGUUCGGUACACAUCAUUCCAAGAUGUUCAUCCUUCUCAGACACGACGAUACAGCCCAGCUCGUCAUACAUACAGCCAACCUCAUCACAAGAGACUGGACAAACAUGACACAAGGAGCCUGGUUCUCUCCUAGACUUCCUCUACUGAAGCCCGAACAUGACGAAGGUCGGCCCAGAAUAGGCAAUGGAGCCAAGUUUAAACUGGACUUUCUAAACUAUCUUCGAGCCUAUGACACCAAAAGACCAACUUGCAAAGACAUCACCACCAAGCUCAUGAAGUACGACUUCUCCUCCAUCAAUGGCUCACUAAUAUCUAGUGUUCCGGGCCGACACACGGUCACUCAGUCCACCUCCUCCACAAAUUUUGGCUGGGCAGCCAUGAAGUCAGCUCUCGCCGCUGUCCCCAUUCACAGCACCAUUGAACACAAACCAGAAGUUGCCAUUCAGAUCUCCAGUAUAGCCACCUUGGGCCCAACUGACUCCUGGUUGAAAAACACCUUCCUUCACACCCUCGGCAACACGCCCGCCACCACUUUCAAAGUCGUCUUCCCCACCCCAGACGAGAUCCGAAAAUCUCUCGACGGUUACAUGUCCGGCGGCUCGAUUCACACCAAAACCCAGUCCCCUCAGCAAGUCAAGCAGCUCCAGUAUCUGAAACCAUUGUUCCACCACUGGGCCAACGACUCCGCGUCUGGUUUGCGUAUGUUUCCCCCCCGCCCUCUUCUUUCACCAUCAGCUAACGCCCCCUCCCCGAACAUAGCCAUCAACGCUUCCAAAGUCAAAAACUCCGGCCGCAAGCGCGCGGCCCCCCACAUCAAAACUUAUAUCCGCUCCCACCGCCCAACCCCGGAGUCAUCCGAGACAGACAUACACAUCGACUGGGCCCUGCUCACGUCAGCCAACCUCUCCAAACAAGCCUGGGGCGAGGCCCUCUCCGCAAAAGAGAACACCGUCCGGAUCUCUUCCUACGAAAUCGGAGUGUUGGUCUGGCCGGGGUUGUAUGGCGAGAAUGCGGUGAUGAAGCCUGCUUUCCUGGAGGAUGCACUCCCUCCUCCGGAACAAACUCGUGGUGAUGGAGAUGGCAAGGGAAAGGAAGAUUAUGACGGGAAGGAUGAGGUCGUCGAGGUGGCUUUGAGGAUGCCGUAUGACCUGCCUCUGCAACCAUAUGGACCGGGCGAGGUUCCUUGGGUGGCAACUGCUAGCCAUACCGAGCCAGAUUGGAUGGGGAGGAUUUGGCAGGCUUGA